GUUGUAAGACAGAUAUUCAUUAUAGUUUGCUGUGGUUGUUUUGCCCUCUGGGACCACUUAAACCAUGUUGAGCAGCUGAAAAUGGUCUCACCCAAAAUAAAAUAAAAUAUAUUUUUUGAUAAGUGGGAGGACGGCAGACUCUCACUUCCAUGGCACGUCAAUUCGGAUGUUGCUUUCGUCAGUAACACUGCCCAGGAAACAGAAAUGAGAAGUGGUAUCGAAGAGGAAGAGAAGGCAGCGCUUUAAAGUGAUUUAUUCUGCGUCGAGACAUAACGAAACAUUACCAGCAUGGAUAUGGAUUAUGUUGAAUAUGAGGAUUACACCCCAGACAAUGAAACGGAGAACCACAACAUCACAACUGAACUAAUGAGUUUCAAAAGUUCCCAGUCUUCUUUGUCGCAUUUUUUGGUAGCAGUCAAUAUUAUUAUAUCGCUUAUUGGCCUUGGAGGAAAUUCAUUAGUGAUAUGGAUUUGUGGAUGGAAAAUGAAAAGAACCGUCAUCACCACCUGGUACAUCAGUUUGGCCAUUUCAAACUUUUUGUUCUGUGCAUUUUUGCCCCUGGAAGUAGUCUACAUGAUCACCUCCCACUGGCCGUUCGGACUGGUUUUGUGCAAGCUCACCUCCUCUGCCCUAUUCCUCAACAUGUACAGCUGUGUGUUUCUGUUGGUUCUGAUCAGCGCUGAUCGCUGUAUAAUGAUUUCUUUUCCUGUGUGGUCACAUAACCACCGGACUGUGCGGAAAGCAUUUGGAGUUGUCGUCCUCAUGUGGGUCCUUUCUGCACUCCUAACGUUGCCCUCGCUGAUCUUCAGACAAACCACAGUCCACGACUCAGUCACCCAGUGCUACACCAGUUACAGGGACCAUUCCAGACACAAGGCAGUGGUUCUGACUCGAUUCAUCUGCGGAUUCCUGAUUCCUUUCCUAAUUAUUGUGUUCUGCAGUUCAGUGCUCUGUGUAAAGCUGAGAAGUUUGACCAUCAAGUCAACAAAGCCUUACAAAAUCAUGGUGGUACUCAUCUUGUCAUUUUUCUUCUGCUGGGUUCCCUAUCAUAGCUUUGUUCUUUUGGAGUCAGACUUGAAGAACCACAGCCUGGAUGUACUUCAAGCUGGCCUUAAGGUGGGGGGCACCCUGGCUGCAGCAAACAGUUUAAUAUCCCCAGUUAUCUAUGUGUUCAUUGGUAAUAACUUUAAACAAAUCCUAAAGCGGUCUUUGACAUCAAGGAUAGAGGAUGCAAUGGCGGAGGAAAUCCGGACAGGUGGUCUCAAUCCCUCAAAGUCUAAGCCAAUGGAAAUGAUCUAAAAUCAAAUUUAAAUCUUAGUCAUCAAUGACAAGCAGUAUUUCACAGGACAGAACAUGAUUUAAGAGCAUGGUGAUAUUGACAAAAGCAUAUGUCAUGGUAUGUUUUACCUGUGUAUAUUGUAUAUUCAGUUGUCAAUGAUUUAUACAUAAUGAUGAUAUAAUCUCAUUGAUUUGUUUACACAGUAUCACAUUUGCACAACACAAUGAUCACGUUUUGUCAUUUGAACUGUGUUGGUUAUAGAUUAGACAUUUUUUGUGUCAAAUUGUUUUUAUGAGUGUGAAUGAAUUGCUUGUUUAUUGUUAUCUUUGCAAACCAGCUUGCUUCAAAUUGCCGAACAAGCUAUUAAGGCUAUUUUGAAUUAAAUGUAAUUAAUCUUUUACAAUAUAUUUGAAUUUGGUUGUUCAGAAACUGUGAACUAAAACAGUGAGACAACUAUCAAAACCAUGUGCCUUCUUUUAAAUCAACAACAUUCCAACACUGGAAAACACAAAUACAUGGAUUCCUAAAUGAGUAAUUGAUGCAUAUUCAAAUUUACAAAACAAAGUAAACAAAUGAAUGAUGUAUGUGAUGUUGAAACUUUAUUCUAUUCUAUAAACGUAAAAUGUUCCUUUUGAUAAAUGUAGCCCUAUUAGCAAACAGGAGGCUCCUCCUGAUGUAUUUUAUUUGUGUACUUGUUUUAUUUUAAGCAAAUUAAAUAUAUCAAACAUG